AUCAACUACACACAACGAAGCACAACUGCAACGUGUCGACCAAGGUUUCCCAACGCGUCGAAGGGGUUUUGCACGCUGAGAAACUGAUUGCGGACUGCUCUUCAAAUUGGAGCGCCCCAAGCGCUUGAGACAGCUGUCAUCAUGCCGUCCGCAAUAGACACAGGCGAUGACCUGCGAAUAGCAAUCAAACAAAUUUCCCAGUCAUCCGUAAGCUCGGACUACAUCGAUCAGCUGAUCCCUAUCAUGAAAGAUGCGCGCUAUUCCAAUCAGCUACAGCUCGCAUUCGAUCAAUUCUCGAAUGACCGAGAGUCUGAGAUUGAGCGCAUAUGUAACGCCAAUCAUCAAGACUUUGUCAGCUCGGUUGAUUCUAUGCUCCGUAUUCGAGACCAGACUGUGCAAAUGAGUGGAGAGAUCCUGCAAUUGAAUGAAUCCAUCCAGGAAAGCAUCGAGAAACUGGCGACCCAGAAGAAAGCGCUGGUAGACUCUCGCGGCGUGCGCCAGAAUAUUAAUGAAGCUACACAAGCGCUGAACGCGUGCCUGAACGUUCUGAGGAUAGCGAACCAGGUUCAAGACAUGUUGCGAGAGAAGAAUUAUUAUGCGGCUCUUCGUGCGCUGGACGAGCUGCAGACAAUUCACCUCAAGGAGAUCAGCCGGUUCAAGAUUGCAAAUUUGAUCGAGAAGUCCGUGCCGCAGACUCAAGACCAAAUUCGAGAAGCGGUCAAGACGGAUUUGAGCACCUGGCUCUACCGAAUCAGAGAGUCGUCACAGUUCCUUGGCGAAGUAUCAUUCUACUACACCGACGAACGGAGAAAGCGAAAUGCUGAUCGCGCUGAAGUUGACUCGCGGUUUGGACGGUUCAAGCUCAAUUCAUCAAUCGAGCUUGUCGCCGAUGAAACGGACGAGUUCGACAUCUUGAACAACGAAGAAGCAGGCAAUGAGACUGACUUCUCGCCGCUUUUCCUCGCAAUCCAUAUCAAUGAGACCCUGGGCAAGACUGACCAAUUCAAGGCCGAGUACGCUGCGGACAGGCGGACCCAAAAGGAUUUGAUCCUACCCAGCAAACUCAACCUGUUACAAGAUGAGUGUGAUGACCUCAGCAGUCUUCUGGAAAGUAUCGCAGGGUUUGCGAUCAUCGAGAAAGCAACAAUGGCGAAGACGACGAAUCUACGUCAGCAGGCUGAUGUUGACGAACUUUGGGACUCGAUGUGUCAAAGCACUAUCAAGCUCAUCUCUGAAUCGCUUCCCACAGUCGAGAGCGAUGAGCUGCUACUGAAGAUAAAGGGUCGAAUUGCAUUGCUCAUGCUGACGAUGGAGAAAAUUGGCUACUCCGUCGCAGCUAUGAAUGAUCUACUCUUGACACUGUUCUCGAAGUACUCUGAGCUCCUCAAGCAGCGCUUCAGUGACGACUUCCUAGAGAUCGUCCAAACUGACGACUACAUGCCGAUGCCCAUCGCCAGCUACGAAGAGUAUGAUAAGGUCGUUUCCGUUAGCUGGUACACUCCAGACAAGAGCCGCGAGGAGCUCACUUUCCCCUGCGUUCUACCCUUCUCUCAGAUGUACCCACUCUGUUGCAUCGACAUCCGCAACUUCCUCAACCAGAUCUACCUCUUUUCGGACGACUACUUCCAGAAAUCGACUGUCAUCGACGAAACCCUUCGCACCUCGCUUGACGAGCUACUCUGUCAGAAAGUUUGCCAAUCCCUUAUCGACCGCCUCUCCUCGCAGUACCCCGGCCAGAUCGUGCAGAUCCUAACCAACCUCGAGCACUUUGAAACCGCGUGCGUCGAGCUCCAAGAUCUGCUCUUCCAGGCGCGUAGCUCGCCCUCAUCGACAACGCCCAUUGUGCUCUCCGCGACCGAGAAGUUCAAGAACGCAAAACGCCAGGCCAGCGACCGCAUCUUCGAGCUGGUAAACUCCAAGAUCGACGACCUCAUCGAGACCGCGGAGUAUGAUUGGAUGGCGACCAAGCCCGCGGCCGAGCCCAGCGAGUACAUGCUCGAACUCACGCGGUACCUGAGCAACAUCAUGAAUUCAGUGUUGCUCGCGCUGCCUACCGACGUCAAGGAGUUUAUAUACUUCGACGCACUGUCCCACGCCUCGACCGCUAUCCUCGCACUCACCCUCGACGAGGGCGUGAAGCGCAUCACUCCCACGGCCGUCGCGAGUCUCUCCUUAGAUACCAGGUACCUCGUGCAGUUCGUCGAGAGCCUUGGCAACCCCAUUCUGAUGGAGAAUCUGGAUGAACUGACGCAAACGGUCACGCUCAUGGGUACAGAUGAUAGCCUUGAGUUCUACGAUAUUAGCCAGCGGAAUAAGAAGUAUGGCAAGGUAGAUCAGCUCAAGGGCGCGAUUCUGCUGGAGAAGUGCCAGGAGGGUGCGCAGGUUGCGGCACAGAGCCCGACGAAGAGUGCGCCGAGUGAGCGGUUUGGGACAUUGGGAAGUCGGUUCGGGCUGGGGAGGAAUUAGAAGUGAUGACGCUGAGGAACUGGGGAUGGUGUUGUGGGUAUCUUGUUACUGUGUCUGUUUAAGCGGUCGUCUCGGACUUUUGCUCAUCUUUGUGCCUCACUUCUGUGGGCACUCUCGUCUCUAGACCUUGUUCUUUCUGCUCUCCGCUUCUUCUCCACGCCAAAAACUCUGAACUCACAAUCCCCCCCGUUCCUUCGCUCACCUUUCUCGCCUCAACGACCCCGCCUUUCUUCCUUAGCACUACACUAUACACUCCACCCCCCUUGACCACACCCUGCAACCACUCUAAAAACCCCACCGCAAAGUUGAUACACACAUUCCCAUCCCAACAACCCGUCCCCCUGCGUACCAUUCCCGGCAGCUCAUGCGUAUUAAACAUCUGCAGUCCCCUCAAAAUC